AUUUUUUUAAUGGGAAGAAAUAACCAGACUUGGGUGAGAGAGUUCAUUCUCCUGGGCCUGUCCAGUGACUGGGACACCCAGCUCUCUCUCUUUGUCCUGUUCUUGGUCAUGUACCUGGUGACAGUGCUGGGGAACUUGCUCAUUGUUCUUCUGAUCAGACUGGACAGCCGACUCCACACUCCCAUGUAUUUCUUUCUCACCAACCUCUCCCUUGUGGACGUCUCUUAUGCCACAAACAUCGUGCCUCAGAUGCUCGUGCACCUGCUUGCAAAACACAAACGAAUCCCGUUCGUGAGCUGUGCAGCCCAGCUGUUUUUCUCCCUGGGCCUGGGUGGGACUGAGUUUGUUCUCCUGGCGGUGAUGGCCUAUGACCGCUACGUAGCUGUGUGUAACCCCCUGAGAUACCCGGUCAUCAUGCACGGAGGGUUCUGUACCAGGUUGGCCGUCACAUCCUGGCUCAGCGGCUCUGGCAACUCCCUCAUGCAGACUGCCAUCACCUUUCAGUUGCCCAUGUGCACAAACAAAUAUAUUGAUCACAUAUCCUGUGAAAUUCUAGCUGUGAUCAGGCUGGCCUGCGUGGACACGUCCUCCAACGAGGUGGCCAUCACGGUUUCGAGCAUUGUCCUGCUGAUGACACCUUUCUGCUUGGUUCUCAUGUCCUACAUCCAGAUCGUCUCCACCAUCCUGCAGGUGCGGUCCGCAGAGGGGAGAAAGAAAGCCUUCCACACCUGUGCCUCUCACCUCACAGUGGUUGCCCUGUGCUAUGGCAUGGCCAUUUUCACUUACAUCCAGCCACACUCCAGCCCCUCUAUCCUUCAGGAGAAAUUGAUCUCUGUCUUCUAUGCCAUCUUGAUGCCUGUGCUGAACCCCAUGAUUUACAGUCUAAGGAACAAGGACGUGAAGGGUGCCUGGCAGAAACUACUAGGGCAGUUAUCUGGAUUAACAUCCAAACUGGCAACUUGAUGAAUCAUGACAUAUUUGGAGAAUAGAGUUUUGCAUGUGUGUUUUCCCACCCUACUGAGAUAUGAAGCAUUAUAUCUCCAUUGCCCUGGCAACCAGGAAGGAGA